CAGACACAAUUUUCCCCAGCCAACACGCAAAAGCCUUUUCGCCAAAGUAUACAUAGUAUGUCACCUUUACGGUUGGAGUACUUCAUUUUUGAACAGGCAUUACGCCAGCAACCCUAACCAGAGUGGGCCUUCUUCGUUGCAGGCGCUCGAACGAGCCACUAAAAAAAAAACACCAAAUUCGAUUGUUUAUUUUUGUUCGUGGUUUGUUUACGUUUUUCUUUUUUUGUGCCAAUAACAUGGCUUCCACCGCGUUGCUCUCGCCCAUGGUGGAUUACUACAACGACGAAGAGGAACUCGACAGCGUGGAGGACGACGACGACCGCAGCUUCAGAGGCAGAGACUCGGAAGAAGACACUGAGGACGCCAGCGAAACAGACCUCGCCAAGCACGAUGAGGACGACUAUGUGGAGAUCAAGGAACAAAUGUACCAGGACAAGCUGGCCUCCUUAAAAAGACAACUGCAGCAAUUACAAGAAGGCACACUGCAGGAGUAUCAGAAGAGGAUGAAGAAGUUAGACCAGCAGUAUAAAGAGAGACUCCGCAAUGCAGAUCUCUUUCUGAAGCUUGAGACGGAUCAGGUGGAGAGAAACUACAACAAGGAGAAGAAGGCGGCGGUGAAGGAGUUUGACGACAAGAAGGUGGAACUGAAGGAAAACCUCAUCGCCGAGCUGGAGGAGAAGAAGAAGAUGAUCGAGAACGAAAAGCUAACCAUGGAGCUAACAGGCGAUUCCAUGGAGGUGAAACCCAUCAUGACCCGGAAGCUGAGGCGGCGACCCAACGACCCGGUGCCCAUUCCUGACAAACGAAGAAAGCCUGCACCUGCGCAGUUAAACUACCUUCUCACGGACGAUCAGAUCAUGGAAGACCUAAGAACGUUAAAUAAGCUCAAGUCACCAAAGCGACCAGGUGUGUCGGCGCUCACGCCAACGUCAUUGAUUGCUCAAACUUCUUCAGUGUCCCCUUCGUCGCCGGAGCACAUCCCCUCCGCGCCCAUGGAGUACCCGUCCCAGCGCUUCGAGGCCCGCAUCGAGGAGGGCCGCCUGUACUACGACAAAAGAUGGUACCACAAGAGCCAGGCCAUCUACCUGGAGUCCAAAGACAACACCAAGAUCAGCUGUGUCAUCAGCUCAGUGGGCACCAACGAGAUUUGGGUGAGGAAGACCAGCGACAGCACAAAGAUGAGGAUAUACUUGGGGCAGCUGCAAAGGGGAGCCUUCGUUAUCCGGCGACGGUCAGCGGUGUGAAACACGAGGCCUUCACCAAACUGUACAUUGAAACCCGACCCCUAGCUGGACAUUUGUAUACGACCCCUGACUGUACAUUUAUAUCCCCCCCCCCCCCCCCCCCACACACACACACCUGUACAUUUGUCUGACACACGUCUCAUCUGCUUUUAUUAGUUUGUUCUUCAAAAUAAAUUGAAUUCCGUUGCCAUUAUGUUACAACAUGCUUUUAUGGACCUCAUUUAUGUUUGACACAUUAGUCAUGAUUUAAGGGAACAUAGAACAUCUAUAAGUGACAGACUGAUAGCGCAUCAUUUUUUAAGACGUGUAGCGAAACCAGGC